CCAUCUCUCUUUAAUGAAGUAAACAAACGUUGCUGGUAUGGGUUGGAUUGAAUUGGAUCUCUUGAUAUCUGCCAUCGAAAAGUUGUUGAAAAACAGUGAAAUUGUUCCUCAGCGGAGAUGAUCUCUACUUUAAAUUGUAAAUUAAAUUUCGCUAAAUAAUAUGUAAUUAUUAGUUUAUGUGAAAACUUUAAUUGAAGGUUUUUAAUUGUGGUGACAUACUUGUACGUGCAUUGUGUAUAAUGUGUUAUGGCCGCUGUUAUUUAAUUGACAUUAACUAGAAUAAAAUUGAAAUAAAUUUUUAACGGUAUGCCAGUAAUAAGUGGUCUUUAAAACAAAAAUCAAAAGAUAAUAAAAAUAAAGAAACUAAAAUGGCUGAGCCAAAGCAGCCCAAAUUUCCUAAAAUAAUGGUUUUUCGACCCACAUGGGACGAAUUUAAAGACUUCAAUAAUUAUGUCCAAUUUAUGGAAUCAAAAGGUGCCCAUAAAGCUGGAUUAGCAAAGGUGAUUCCUCCACCAGAAUGGGUCCCUAGGAAGUCAGGAUAUAAAGUUGAAGAUUUAAGUAUAACCAUACCAGCCCCAAUUUGCCAAGUAGUGACAGGAAAACAAGGCUUAUAUCAGCAAAUUAAUAUUCAGAAAAAAGCUAUGACAGUAAAGCAGUAUAGAGAUUUAGCUAAUUCUGAGAGGUACCAGACACCAAAGCACUUUGACUAUGAAGAUUUAGAGAGGAAAUAUUGGAAGAACAUAACAUACGUUGCACCAAUUUAUGGAGCUGAUGUCUCUGGUAGUUUAACUGAUACUAAUGUUGAUGAGUGGAAUAUCAAUCGUUUGGGGACAAUUUUGGAUUAUGUUAAUGAAGAUUAUGGAAUAUCUAUUGAGGGAGUCAACACAGCUUAUUUGUAUUUUGGAAUGUGGAAGACAACUUUUGCUUGGCAUACUGAAGACAUGGAUUUGUAUUCCAUAAAUUAUCUGCACUUUGGAGCUCCCAAAACUUGGUAUGCUAUACCUCCUGAGCAUGGCAGAAGAUUAGAAAGACUGGCAAAUGGCUUUUUUCCUAGCAGUUAUAAAACAUGUCAGGCCUUCCUUAGACACAAAAUGACACUAAUUUCUCCACAAAUUCUAAAGCAAUAUUCAAUUCCAUUCAAUAAGAUUACUCAAGAAGCUGGUGAAAUAAUGAUAACAUUUCCAUAUGGAUAUCAUGCUGGUUUCAAUCAUGGCUUCAAUUGUGCUGAGUCGACGAAUUUCGCCUGUCCACGAUGGGUCGAAUAUGGUAAAAGGGCCUCCCAGUGCACGUGUAGCAAGGAUAUGGUCAAAAUUUCCAUGGAUACAUUUGUUAAACGUUUUCAACCUGAGAGAUAUGAUAAGUGGUUACAAGGACAGGAUAUUGGUCCACACCCAGAAGAACCUAACAAACAAGUGGCAGCUCCCCACCCGUUGCCUCAAGAUAUCCUAUGUAACAAAAACAAUCCGACCUUACCUGCCAGCUUCCUUCAAGCCAAUUUCAAAAAAGGACGAUUUAGGCAAAAAGCCAAAGCAAUGGGAUUUAGCGGACAUGACAUCAGUUUGGAAGACUUCCCUGCUGAAUUACAAUUACAGCUGAUGGAAGAAGACAUGGAUGCAUCAUCACCAACCGAACUCGCUCCUGAUGAACAACAGUUAGAAGUUCUUGAAGAUAUUUGGCUUAAAGCUGGAGAGAUUGAUAUUGAAGACGCCACUAUUUUAGACGAAGGUUAUAAGGUUACUAAUAAGCGUAAAAAGAAUCCGUGCAAAAAAAGGAAAUCUGACGCCACAUUACGUCCAAGAACUAAGAAGAAAGUUAAGGCAAAAGCAAAUCCAGCUGAAGAAAGCAUUAAAGAAAUCACCAAAAGUGGACUGUAUGCUCCAUAUAGUGGAAAAACGAAAAAGGUAUGUGGUAAGAUUGUGGCGCCUUUGGAUUUGUUAAAGAACGGGGUGGAGGAAGAUAGCCAAAGUAGUUCAAACACCGACGAGUUGGUUCAAAGUCUCGUGGAAGAACGUUCGAACAAAUUAAACAUUAGGAACCAGGCGUCCGGUGACAAUUUAGUACGUAGUCUUAUUGAGAACGAGGAGAAAAAGCUAAAAGUUAAAAAGAAGAAGAAACAUAAGCACAAGGACCACCACAGGAGAGAACAUCACAAGUCGUGUCAUAAAAAGAAGGGUGGCAAGAGAAAGAAGAUAUCAUCUGAGAACCCGCCGAAGAAUAGAUCGACUUCAGAAGAUCCUUCUCAAGAUACUGUCAGUCGCGUUAUCGAUGAUAUUAUCCAGCGGGCCGCUCUUGAACACGAAGAGGUAAUUCGUCAAGAGAGCGGGAACGACAGUCCCAUCCAUAAUCCCACAGUUUCCAAAUACGGUCCCUUCUCUCAUUCCUCUGCAUUGAAAAAUCACGGCUUGGAGUGCAAAAAUUUGGAAGAAAGUGAACAAAAACGAUCUAAAACACUUAACAGUCUUUUAAAACAGCGCAUCCAGAAGAGGGGUAAGCUUGAAGUGACUGCUAACACCAACCGAACCGAGCUCGAAUCAAAUUGGAUUAAGUUUGAUCCAAAUCCAAAGCCUGCAAUGAACGAACAAGCGAAAAGUUGUUACGAAACAGCAUUCUUGUCAUUUCUUGAGAACAAAACGAAGUUAUCGAUUAGAGAUUAUCAGAGGGAUAUUUUUGUGUUGAAACCAACUGAACGUGAAAACAAAACCGACCCGAAUACAAAAAGUAAGUAUACGAAACCCAUCGAAAGUGGUGUUUCUUUGACUAAAAAUAAUGAAAAUUCCGACAAACCUGAUGAUAUAAACGAAGUUGCAUUUAAAAAGGAUAACUUUGUACAAGUUUCCAAAGGAAGAACCGAAAAAACAAUCAAGGUUUCGCCUCCCAAAGAUCCAAAAUAUUGUAUUCUUCAAUCCCUAAAAGAUGACGAAAUGAAAAAAGAUAGCGAACACGAGAAAACAAUUAUAAAAGAUAAACACGAAGAGCGUAUACAAAACGUUGAACAGAAUACAAAUCAAAAACACGAAUUACCUUCCGUUACACAGCAACCAAUUAUAAAAGAAGACAGAAGAAAGUCUCGUAAAAAUAGUCACCCAAAAAAUGUCAAAGAUAUUAAGUCCAUAAGUGUCCAAGAUGUGAAUGGGUUCGCAGCUUCGAUUACUUUUUCAAAAAUGAACUCUAAAGUCCUGUCCAGUGACGGUAAACAAUUUCACGAAAUACAGGAUAUGCCUGUUUUGAGUAUUCCAGAACCUGUAGAAGAUCAGGAAAUUUCAAUGCCUCUUUUAGAUCCGCAGUGCUCUCCUGUUAUUACUUUCCCACAAGAAAAUGUAACGGUAAACAAUAAUCCACAGUAUCAUUCAGUACAAACGAACCUUAUGGAGUCCGCCAACUAUCAAAUCAUUCCUCAACAACACCAAAUUCUCGUUUACAAUAAUGUAGUGCAACCGGUUGAAAUAGUGAACAGCCAAUAUGUUCAAGGCACUCAAUUUGUUGCUAACAAUCAGCCGAUGAUGUUCAGUCAAGAGAUUCAGAGUCCACAAAUAGUCUUACAAAAAAUACAAAAUGUAGAGAACAAUCUGAUCUUACAAGGAACAGGUCCUUUAAUUCAUAUGACUCAAGUGAAUGAACAAAGGCAGCAAUUAAUGUUUCACACGAAUUCUCCACAAAUUCUUCAACAUGGUCAACAACAAAUUUUAUUGAAAGAGGUUGGAAUGAUUUCACAGCAACAAUUUAAUCAACAACCGUUUGCUGAACAAAGCAUUAGUUUGGAAAAUGGAAAUUUUCGAAGUUCGCAAAUAGGUCAAGUGGCAGCAAAUUUUUUUGACAGUUCCUUAAAAGAGCAACAGCAUCAGCAGGGAAAAGACAGUCGUGUUACAAAAUCAAGAAAGUUAAAUAACAUUUGGGUCAAACCAGCCAAGUAUUAUCAGGUUAAUACGUGUCAUACAAAAUAUGACAGAGGUGAUCGUUUUUAUCCAUUGACUGAUAAACCCAUAAAAUUGGACCACGAAAAAGUCGACAAAAAUAAAACUUUAUUAAGAUCUGCCAGUAGCACUACCAAAAAAUGUACAAAAAAAGAAAAAGCCCGACAAAAGAGGAGAAGUUCUGCCAGACUAUCUAAUGACACUAAUUCGUCUACUAACAGUUCAGGCGCUAACAAAGAAAUGUACUACGACGACCUUGCAAAUGUUGUUGAAGAAGUUGUUGAGACGUGUGAUGAGUCUAGCGAGAAUGGUGACAAUACAACUAACCUAUCUAAUGACUCAGAAAACGUAACUUUACCCGAUGAGAAUUUAAAGUAUAUCGCGCAAGUGUAUGAGGAUGUCACAAAAAAAUUGGAAAUGAAAUUGGAAAAACAUAAGAAAGAUUUGGAGAAUAGUGUGGGUUUGGUAAACGAAUCAGAUGUUUUGAACGAAAACAGAGCCAAUAUACGAAAGAGGACCUUCAAGAAGGCAACUAAAGCUGUCCGAAACCUCUAUAAAAAUAUUAAAAAUAAAAAGCACCGACGCUCACCCAGAAAUUUCAAAAAGAAUAAGAAAAACUGCGAGAACACAAUCGCAUUUGUUACCAAUCAAGCACUGAGUAAAAAAAGAAAGAAAGAGGUUAAAGAAGAUUCAAAAGUCUGUGAUAUUGGUAAACCGAGCUCCAUAUCGGAAGCCACUUUCGAAGAUUUUAUUCAAAAAGUGAAUAUCCAAGUCUCAAAUGUGACAUACGCAGAAGUAGAACGAUUGAGUAUGUCGGAUAAUUGUAAUAAAGACAAUAGUGACGAUUUUGUCGGUUCGUCGUAUAAUUUUCAGAAAAAAGUUAAGAAAAUAAUUAAUAUGAAAAAUAGUUCAAAAAGAAAAAAAUUUUUAGGUGACCGCAAAAAGUAUUAUAAACGAAUGCUAAAAAGUAAAUUGCAUAACCUUGUCUCGUGCAAUGCGAAAGAAAUGCUAUCUCCGAAACUGCUGCAAGAAGUUCAAGUUUUAACCCCUAUAAAAUUAAAAGUUAAUCUUAGCGACGUUCUACUCAGUUUAUCGCCAGAUUCCAAGUCUAUUCUUUUAUCCAACAAUUCUCUCACACUUCCACCUUCCUUUCUAGCCCAAAAUGGUGUCACAACCGUAAAACCGUCACCAUCUAAAUCGAACAUAAUCGAUCAACAAAAGGUAUGCGAACCGACAAAUUCAGAUAUGAAAAUUGGCGUCGAAAAGGACACUGAUAUGUCCCCCGACAUGCCUAUUUUGUCGCCCAAAAAUCCUAUAUCUCCCCAAAAGCCUUCAUACUCGGGAAUACAAGAAAAUGACCAUAUCUGGGCGAAGAAAGAUGAUGGUUGUUAUCGACGAGCGAAAGUCAUUUCAGUUAACAAAUCUUACAUGUAUUCUGUGUAUUUUCCUGAACACGAUUUUAUCAUAGAUGACAUAAUAAGCGACGACAUUCCUAAGACCCAUAGCAUUAUUAAAGUUGGCUCCGAAAUAGACGUAAAAAGAGAAAAUAAACUCGUGAAAGGGCAAUAUUUAGCCAAGAAAAUAGUUCUCGUUUAUAAGGUAAAAUUCGAAGAUAAUACAACCAAAGUGGUACCAAAAGAAAGUGUCAUGUUGUUAACAGAGACGUUACCAAAACGUGUUGUUAAAGUACAGAUGGCUCAAAAGAAGAGACCUUCAAAACGAAAAUGUAGCCACGGUGACGAUUAACGAACGUAUUAUCCAGUAUUUUUUGAUUUUUUGGACUUAGUUAUCCAAAGACUGAUUAAUAAUCGUUUUCAUUUUAUUCAUUUUCGAGUUAUAGUUUCUAUUGACGCCUGAAAGAAUAGGGUGUUUUGACAUUGACGGAAUAUUUCGUCAUUUUUGUGUUAUAGUAACACAUGUUUGUAUAGAGAGAGAGAGAGAGAAAGAGAACAUAAUGGAGCGAAAGAAAUUGGAAGUAUGUAGUCAUGUUUCCAGUUGAUUGAAACUACCAAUUUACUAAUAAUUGUAGUAACUGUAGGUAUCUUAUUGUUUUUAAUAUUCUUUCCAGAAAUUUUGAACACUUUAUUUUCAUUUUCUUUAUGGCGUCAUCGCUAGUACAAGUCCAGUGUGAUUUUACUUUUUUUUUGAGCUGUGUUAGUGAAAUGAUAAGAUAGUAGGUAGCUAUAAGACAAAAGUUUUAUAUACAUAAAAAAAGUAGUACACAUAACUUUUUUUUAAAUUCAAGCAAAAAUUCCUUGUGAUUUUUUUUCAUUCAUGACUGGAAUAAUCAUAGUUUCUUUUUUAACUACUGCUUGAUUAUCAAAUAAAAAAGAUAACUUCUGAUCUUUUUAACGUCUAAUCGUAACAUUUUCAAGUCAUUUUGCUUUCAAAAAACCCAAACAAAUUGUUAUAGGAGUUUGUUAUUAUUAAUACAAUUUUGUAAAUAAAAUCCAAGUGAUUUUCAGGUACAUAAAAAACAUAAGUAUAUAGGUAUAUAAUUAAUAAAAAAAAGAAAUGAAGAAAAAGUGCAUAGAAGUCAUGCACUUUGCACGCUUGUAGUAUUUAAUUAAGAAAGUGUCAGUCACAUUGUCUUGUUUGAAAAGUUUAGUUUAAUUAAUGUUCGAACUGAAUAAUGAUAUUUGUUAGUUAUUUGUCUAAUAAUAAAUAUCGAGAACGAUGUAAGAAAAGUAUUUGCUUAUAAAUAAUAAAUUUAACGGUGUGUCAUUUCAAUUGGAA